ACGGCUAAGAAUAGUUAGAUAGAGUCAUAACGGCACUCGUGUCUACCAAAAACUUAAUGUCUGUUGAUCUUCAUUCCUCACUCCAAGUAUUAUUUCUUCCAACUUUUUAACUAUUUCUGUUCUGUCGGUAGUUUCACCUACCACUAUGCCACUGUUCACUUGUAUCUCUUGUCGAGUGGUGUUUGCUAACUCAGAACUACAAAAAGCUCACUACAGAACAGACUGGCAUCGAUAUAAUCUGAAACGUAAAGUAGCAGACCUGCCUCCAGUAACUGCAGUAGACUUUCAACAGCGAGUUUUAGAACGAAAAGCACAGAUUUCUGAAGCUAGUAAAAGUCAAGGUAGCUAUUGUAAAUUGUGCUGUAAACAUUUUGGCAGCACCAAGGCUUAUGCCAACCAUGUUAUGUCUAAGAAACAUCAAGAGAAAGAGUUAAAAGAAACCCAAACUCUUGUACAAAAAGAAAAUGAGAAAAACACUGAGAAGGGAAUUUAUGAAGAAAAUAUCAAAGAGUUAUCAAACAAGGCUUCAAAACUUGAAAUCAAAAAUGGUGCCAGCAGCAGCAGUGGAUUGGACAUGAAAUAUUGUGUACCAUCAACAAAAACUAAUUCUAAAAAACCUGCUGAUCCAGUAGCACAACCAUCUACAUCAGCUGCUGAUGAAGAUUCUGAUUGUGAAUCUGAUGGCUCCUGGGAGAGUGUUGAGGGAGAGGCCAUUCCUAUUGAAGCUUGCCUUUUCUGCCCAGUGGUCAGUAAAUCACUGGAGAAGAACAUGCAACAUAUGACUCAAGCUCACAGAUUUUUCAUCCCUGAUGCUGAAUAUCUUGUUGAUGUUGAUGGUUUAAUUGCUUACCUUGGUGAGAAAGUUGGUGAAGGGAAUAUGUGUUUGUGGUGCAACGAUCGUGGUAAAACAUUUUACAGCAUUCGAUCUGCUCAGCAACACAUGACUGACAAAAACCAUUGUAAGAUAUUACAUGAAGGAGAUGCUUUACUUGAAUAUUCUGACUUCUACGACUACAGGCCAAGUUAUCCUGAUUAUAAAGAAAGGGAAGCUACUGGAACCGAUGAUGAGGAUGAUGAAGAGGUGAAUAUCGAAGAACUGGCAACAGAUGGCUAUGAACUAGUUUUACCUUCUGGUGCAACUAUAGGUCAUCGAUCACUUCAGGUAUAUUACAAACAGAACCUGCCGCCUCGAAAAUAUACACAAACUGGAAAGUUAUUACCACGGCUGCUGGCGCAAUACAAAUCACUUGGAUGGACUGGUAUUUCUGGUCCUGCAGCACAGAAGAAAGCCAAGGAUGUAGCAUAUGUCCAGAAUCUUCGUGCAAAACGGCAUCUCAACUUAAGUAUAAAAGCUAAUAAAUUACAGAAACACUUCCGUCCGCAGGUGGUAUUCUAAAGAAUAUUUUAUUUUCAUGUUACAAAUAAACAAGUUUAUAUAAA